AUGCAUUCUCACGCCCCGAGAUUUGGUGAGAGUAACGAGUUUAAAAGCUGGAUAUCAAGCUGCACCUCCUCAAGAGUAUCCAUUACAAAUCUCUGCUAUCAAUUUUCCAAACUCUUCCUGGCCUCCAACUCUGUCACUGUUUCUCAAGUCUCCCAAAGUCCUCCCAAGUCUCCCAAGUCCCAAGUUCCUCCGAAGCAUCCAGGGUUGUACAAAGAAGACGGCCGUAUAAGCUCUCAAGCUACCAUACCUGUACGGUCGUCUAACCCGCCGGGAUAG